AUGAAAUUUACCUUACUUGUAACAAUAAUGGGAAAACAUAAGUGUAGCAUUAGUGAAAUGUAAAAUCUAGAGAUGUUUGUUUCUUUGACUAAAUCAUGGGAUCCUAAAAAUAUCUACAGAGGAUUGCUACUAGAUUAAGUAAAUUAUAAUCUAAUAAUUAGUAUCUAUAUUAAGUAAAUACUGGUGAUGCUCUUGAAAUCGGAAAUCUAAGUGUUUUAAGUCGAACAUAUCUUAAUUAAACAGAACAAUGGAUAGAAAAUUUAUAUGAAUCUUUAAAUGAUUGUGGUUUUCAAUUUAAGACUUUUGAGUAUGUUGGAAUCAAUAAAGAAAAAUACAUUUGUAGAAGCACUCUUUUUUUUGUAUCAAAUCCAAUAGCUCAUCAUUGUGAAAUUUUAGAUGUAAAUGUUAAGAAGAGCUUUUCUAUCUUAUUCUUAGAAACUUUUACUUUAAUGUUUAGAAAUGAAGAAGCUGGAUCAUUAGAAGAACCUAAUAAGAUCAAUCAAUUUAUAACAAUCUUAUUUUUAUCUUCUCUAAUAAUAUUUCUUUAUACCUGGAGACAAGGUGUCAAAGCAAGUCUUUCAUUUGUUGUUCCAUUGAAAAUUAUGGCUGCUACAAUAUUAGAAUAAUCUGUUUAAGAUUUAAGUAAACAAGAUUUUAUUGCAAGCAAUUACGAUGAGUAUCGUAAUUCAAAUGAAAUUUGUUUAUUUAUAGAUGUUGUUAUUGACUAUGCAAAUAGUGUGAAAUUUUAAAGCAAUCAAUUUGAAUUAAAUGCAGAAGGGUUAAUGUUAAUGAGUAAUUCAAAAAAAUUCUUUAAAAAGUAAAACAAUCUCUCAGCAGUAGGAUUAUGUUCUAAUAAUAUAGCUAGGAUACAUGCUCUUAAUAAAAGAUAUCUUGAAGCUCUUAAUGAAUAAGAAGAAUCAAUUCAAAUAGCAGAAUAAGAAUUGUAAAGUCUCCUUCAAUUAAAUGAAUUACAUUAGAAAAUGAGUACAAGUAGAAAUUGGUUUUAAGUGUACUAAUCUUUCAAAAGUAGAUUACUAUCUAAAUUCGUUGGUGAUGAUCGAAUCUUUGAGAGACUACAAUCUUAAAAUUAUUAACCAUAACUUUCUAAAAUGAUCUCUAUGGAAUUCAAAUAACGUAGUAAUACUAUGUAGCAAAAUGUAAAACGAAACUCAUAUGCAAGUUCAAAUACUGAUAGAAUGAAAAUGAAUAAUCAAUUACAGAAUCUUAAUAUCACUUCAAUAGCUUUAUUAUAACAGAUUGAAAAAUCUAAUUAAUCAGUUAUGAAAGAUGAUAGUGUUAUUGAAGAGGAUUGUAAAAAUAUUGUUAAAAUCAAAUUAUUAAAUAGGCAAUAUCAACUUUUAAGAAUUUUAAGUUAAUUUAGCAAUGAACAUGAUUAGCUCUUCUUAAAUGAAAUUCUUUAAUUACUUCUAUAAAUGAAGACAGAAGCAGAAUAGUAAAAACCUGCUUCUGUCUUCCUCAAUAACUUAUAGUUUAAUUUAUCUUGUCAAUUAGUUUAUUUUUAUACAAAAUCUAAAUAGAUUUCUAAAGCAAAAAGUUUAGUUAAACAACUUCCACAUAUUCAAAUAUAAUAAAUGAAUUAAAUGACUAAUAGUAUAAAUAUCUUUUCAGAAGCACCUACUAUUUUAAUCCAGUCUAAAAUAACAUUAUUAAAAGCGAUAAUCGAUAUUAAGCAGAAUAAAAUAGUUUAGAGCUGCUCAAAAUUGUUAUCAAUUUUAUCUAAAUCUGUUUAUGAUCCUUAUUAAUACAAUUAUUCAAUUAAAUUGCUUUAGUAAAUAUUUCAAUCUUAUCGAUUAAACACUUCUUUAUUGGAUUAAUUUUAUAUCACUAAUCAACACAUUUAAGCAAUUAUAUUAAUUGAUUACACAAAUUAAAUGACAGUAGAAUAGAUUUAAUUGUCUCAUUCUAUUACUAAAUACAUCUUGUCUCUAUUGAAUUUUCAAGAUUAAGUAGGUCUAUAUGCAAUUAAUUCUACUUUUCAUUAAAUCUUCCCCUUAUAAUAAUGCUAACCAUAUUUGUAAAAUAGUUGCAAUAGAUUAUUACUGCCUCCUGGAGGAGAGUCAAAUCUAUUAUAGUUAUUAUAAUUAGCAGCAGGAACUUUCUUCAUUAAAAAUAAAUCUAGACCUAAAGAGGAGAACACUUAAUUGAAUAAUUCAAAUCAAUCGAUUUAGAAUGAGAAAUCUAUGUAACAUAGUUUAAGUAAUGCUGGAGAUGUGCUUGAUAAGUAUUUAUAAACAGAUUAUCAUGAUAAAAUUGAAGAUGAAGAGGAUGUUAAAUCUUAAUUAAGAGUUAUUAUACUCUUUGCUGAAAUGGUUAAAGAUUAUACUUAAUAAAACAUAGAGAUAUUGAAAUAGAUUAUGAAAAAAAGAAAGAUACAUAUUAUCAUUAUUUAGAUUGCUAAUUAAAAUUUAAAUAAAAUUUAUUUAGAAGCUUUAGCAGACUUGACUCCCUAAUCAUGCAUUCUCAAAUAAAACCAAAUAGUCAAAUACUUUGAAUAAAUCAGACCAUCUCCAUAUAUCAAAAGAGAAUACAUAGAAUUUUUUUGA